AUGGCUCUGGAUGGACGAACUCUGUCUGAUUAUAACAUUCAGAAGGAGUCUACCCUCCACCUUGUGCUGAGGCUUCGUGGUGGAGCAAAGAAGAGGAAGAAGAAGUCCUACACCACCCCUAAGAAAAACAAGCACAAGAGGAAGAAGGUGACGCUGGCUGUCCUUAAAUACUACAAGGUGGAAGAAAAUGGGAAAAUUAGCCGCCUGCGGCGAGAGUGCCCUUCAGAAGAGUGUGGGGCGGGAGUCUUCAUGGCCAGCCACUUCGACAGGCAUUACUGUGGCAAGUGCUGCCUGACAUACUGCUUGAACAAACCAGAGGACAAAUAA